CUUUAUUCAGUUGGUUCAUCCUCCUGACGAUCCUGAGCAGCUGUGUGUUCAUGACGCUGAGCGAACCUCCAGAGUGGAGCAGCACUGUGGAACGCGUGUUCAUGGCCAUCUUCACGUUUGAAGCGGUGGUUAAAGUCGUGGCCCGAGGACUCUGUGCUGGACGCUUCACCUUCCUCAGAGGCGGCUGGAACUGGCUGGACGUGCUGGUCAUCUGCACCGGAUAUCUGACACAGGUUGUAAAUGUGAGGAUAUUUACUGUACUGGGUUCAGUCGCUCGUGUACUAAAGAUCAUCCCAGUCAUCCCAGGUCUCAAGAAGACUGUUGGAGAUCUCGUCCAAUCAGUGAAGAGACUCGGUGGUGUCAUCGCUCUGAUGCUUUUUUUCUUUGGCUUCUGCGCUCUGAUUGGUCAGCAUUUCUUCAUGGGAAGCCUGAAGCAUAAGUGUGUGGUCUGGCGGCCAGAGUCCUCAAACAACCAGAGCUCCCAGUACAACUACAGCCAGUAUAACUACGCCAAGUACAUCAACGACCACGCAAACCUAUACUACCUGCCCGAUCAAAGGGACGCUCUGCUGUGUGGAAACGCCUCUAAUGCCGGGGUCUGUCCUCCAGGUUACAGCUGUAUCAGGACGGGGAGGAACCCUGACUACGGAUACACCAGCUUCGACUCGUUCGGCUGGUCCUUGCUGUCUGUGGUCCGGCUGGUGAGCAAGGACUUCUGGGAAAACCUGAUGCUGCAGGUGUUGCGAUCCUCAGGUAAACCCUACCUCACUUUCUUCCUGCUCGUCGUUUUCCCCGCCGGGUUCUUUGUCCUCAGCCUCAUCGUGGCGGCGGUUGCCUUGGUAGCCGGCGAGCAGCAGGGGGCGGCGGUCAGCGAAUCAAAACAGAGAGAAGAAGAGUUCAGUCAGAUCCUGGAGGCGAUAAAGAGGAGCGAGGAAGAGGAGGCUGCCAGCAGGGUGGCGCUCUCACAGGAACCAGAGGGGAAGAAGAAGGACAGCAUGGAAGGGUUGGAGGAGGUCCAGCGCUCGUGUCCUGCUUGCUGCUCUGUCACCUCUAAAGUCUUCCUGAAGUGGAACUGCUGUGGCUGCUGGCGGGGGCUCAAACAGCGGCUCCAGGCCCUGGUGAGGGACCCGCUGUUCGACCUCGGGGUCGUGCUCUGCCUCGUCAUCAACGCCAUCUUCAUGUCUCUGGAACAUUUCCCCAUGACGGAGCAGUUUAGCUCCAUGCUGAAUGACGUACAGCUGGUCUUCACGGCGAUCUUUAUCGUUGAGAUGCUCCUGAAACUCGUGGCCUUCGAUCCGUACGGAUAUUUCCAGGUAUCCUGGAACAUCUAUGACAGCAUCAUCGUCUUCGUCAGUCUGCUGCUCCUCACCGACAUCAUCAACCUGCGCUUCCUCCUAUUGAUGCGGUUCCUCCGGCUGGCCAGGUGGUGGCCGAUGCUCCACAUGUUGAUGAAGAUCAUCUGGACGGCUCUGAGUUCUCUGAGGAACCUGACGCUCCUCCUCUUCAUCACGCUCUUCAUCUUCUCCGUUGCUGGCAUGCAGCUUUUUGGAAAGGACUACAAAGACCAAGUCUGUCGCAUCGCAGAGGACUGCGAGCUUCCUCGUUUCCACAUGACAGACUUCUUCCACUCCCUCCUGGUGGUCCUCAGGGUUCUGUUCGGGGACUGGGUCGAGGCGCUGUGGGACUGCAUGGAGGUCUCCGGAAAGACAUCCUGUCUCCUCUUCUUCAUGAUGCUCCUCGUCUCAGGAAACCUGCUGGCCCUGAACCUGUUCCUGGUCUUGUUGCUGAGUCCGCUCCGUGGUCUCAGUCCGGCAUAUCCAGAAGAGAAGGUCAAUAACAACGUCCAGAUGGCUUUGAGGCGGAUCUACAGAGCUGCUGGGAGUCUGCUGGGGAGGAAGACCGGCGCUAAACCAGAACUCACAGAGAGAGACGGACAGGAAGUGGACAGGAAGGAACACCUGGCUCUAGACAUCAGAACCAACGGAGACCACGAGGUGCCCGAGGAGACGCCUGAACAGAAAGCAAAAACUCCUGAAGGCCAUCAGCACGGAGACCCUGAGGACUGCUGCAGCCAGAAGUGCUGUCCCCUCCAGGUCGUGGACUCGUCCCGUGGAGCAGGGCGGGUCUGGACUAACUUCAGGAGGUUCUGCCUCUGCAUCGUCCAACACAAGCUCUUUGAGAUCUUCAUCAUCUUCAUCAUCGUGCUGAGCAGCGUGGCUCUGGCGUUCGAGGACGUGCACCUUCAUCAGUGGCCGCUGUUGAAGGAGGUUCUUCAUCGAGCCGAUCAACUGUUCACCCUCCUCUUCCUCAGCGAGAUGCUCCUCAAGUGGAGCGCCUUCGGACUGAGCAAGUACUUCAGAGAUGGCUGGUGCUGCCUCGACUUCCUGGUCCUCCACCUGUUCCUGGUGUCUCUCGGGGUUGAGAUCUUUGGGAUCGGUUCUGUCGGGUUCUUCCUGUUUCUGAGGAGCCUCCGAGCUCUGGGGCCCCUGAGGAUCCUGUCUCACUUCCAGGGCCUGAGGGUGGUGGUUCUCUCUCUGCUGGGGGGGGGGGCCGGCCCUGCUGCUGGUUCUGCUGGUGGUUCUGCUGGUUCUGCAGGUUUUCAGCAUGUUGGGCGUGAACCUGUUUGCGGGGAAGUUCUCCUUCUGUUUUAACGAGACGUCUCACCAGAUGUUUCCAGCUGGCGAGGUGGACAACCAGACGGAGUGCAUGUUCCUGAUGUACGAGAACCACUCCGUCCAAUGGAGGAACCCCGAGUUGAACUAUGACAACGUGCUGAGGGGUCACCUGUCGCUGCUGCACCUGGGCGCGGCAGCAGCCGACUUGGGCGUCGUAUACUCAGCGGUGGACGCCACCUGGAUUGUAUCUCAGCCCGUCUAUGAGGCCCAACCCCUCGCCUACCUGUACUACGUACUCUUCAUCAUCAUCAGCUCCUUCUUUACGUGCAACCUCUUCAUCAGAGUCUUCAUCAAUCACCUGCAGAGACACAAG